CCUCUCUCUUCACUGUUUUCCGCUUUCUUCUUGGUUGUUCUCCACACUGACAAAAACGGAGUUUAACAAUUAGAAAACACAGAAGAAGGUUGAGGAAGAAGAAGGAAAAAAAAAGACAAGGGGGUCGCAACAACGAGCCACAACAAUGACCCGGUCCUGACUAAAAAUUGAAUGGAUUAGCCAAUCUAUUCUGAGCUGUAAUGAGAUUAGAGAGUCAGCGCCGACAUGGGUCGCGGCGGCGUGGUACCUUUGCCUGAGCUCCUUGGGGAACAUUUCCCCUACUCUCAGCCUGAGUCCUUAUACCCGCGUGGAAACGGCGUUUUUUUGACCUGCGAGGAUGUCAGUGGAAAAUAAGGGACUUUUGAAUGCACGCUCACCUGUGCCGCUUCGGUGACGCGCGGAUUCCUAGAAGUAGAAGUAGAAGUAGCAGUACUACUUUACUAGGAGGACAACAUGAAGUACCAGAAAUACAUCACGGUGAUGCAGAUGGCCAUGGGAGUGACAGCCUCCAACAAAGACUGCCUCCCCGUGAAGAGAAUGCUGUGGGUGACCCCACAAGAUGGAGAGGCAUCCCCCUCAGGAGCUGCCGGGUGCUCUGAUGAGCCUAUAGGUGCUACUUGUGACGCUGGUGCUAUGGCAUUGCCCUCCAUUUCCACCCUCUCGUUGCCUGUGAGCCAGGGUAAACCCUCCCUGCGUCGCAUCAAAGGCCGCAUUCACCGCAGCAAGAGCCUGGACAGCCUUGACCUGCUUGAUGCCAAUAGUGCAGCGAUGGAGGAAACAGUCAUAUGGGAGCAACACACAGUGACACUUCACAGGGCCCCUGGAUUUGGGUUUGGCAUUGCCAUCUCUGGUGGCCGGGACAACCCUCAUUUCCAGAGUGGAGAGACAUCCAUAGUGAUUUCAGACGUGUUGAAAGGAGGUCCCGCAGAGGGUCUGCUUCAAGAAAAUGAUCGAGUUGUUAUGGUCAAUGCAGUUUCUAUGGACAACGUAGAGCAUGCGUACGCUGUUCAGCAACUUCGCAAGAGUGGCAAAAAUGCAAAAAUCACUAUUCGCCGGAAAAGGAAAGUACAAAUCCCUGUUUCCCGUCCGGGAGACAGGGAAACAAUGUCUGAGCACGAGGAAGAGGACAGCGACGAGGAAGAUGGUUACGAUCACCACAGUCGUGGUGGUCAAAGUGCCUAUGGAGGUGCAAGCGCAGGCACGAGUAGACGUCAUGAUCGUGAGCGUAGCAGCAGUGGCAGGCGGGAUCACAGUGCCUCACGUGAGAGGAGCGUCUCACCGCGAUCUGACCGCAGAUCACAAGCCUCUUCUGCUCCGCCAAAGCCUGCCAAGGUCACACUUGUCAAGUCCCGUAAAAAUGAAGAAUAUGGACUGCGGUUGGCCAGCCACAUCUUUGUGAAAGAUAUCUCGCCGGAAAGCCUCGCCGCAAGAGAUGGAAAUAUCCAGGAAGGAGAUGUUGUACUCAAGAUCAACGGCACCGUUACAGAGAACCUGUCACUGAUAGAUGCCAAGAAGCUGAUUGAGAGAUCAAAGGGGAAGCUCAAGAUGGUGGUGCAGAGAGACGAACGAGCCACGCUCCUCAACAUUCCCGACCUUGACGACAGCAUCCCAUCAGCCAAUAACUCCGACAGAGAUGACAUUUCAGAGAUACAUUCACUGACAUCUGACCAUUCCAAUCGAUCCCAUGGGAGAGGUCGAUCGCGCUCACCUGACAGGCCUGACACAUCGGACCACCUCCGUCACUCACCUCGGCAGAUAAGCAAUGGCAGCCACCGAAGUCGCGAUGAAGAACGCAUAUCUAAACCAGCCAUGUCCACACCAGUCAAAAGCUCUGAUGAUGGCGUGUUGUCUCAGACCAGCGACCAGGCCAGCGACCAGGCCAGCUCCAGAGAUGACAAACAGUUACCUCCGCUGCCUGAACCAAAGCCAGUAUAUGCACAACCUGGUCAGCCUGAUGUGGACCUGCCUGUCAGCCCAUCUGAUGCACCCGUGCCCAGCGCUGCUCACGACGACAGCAUUCUCAGGCCAAGUAUGAAGCUGGUUAAGUUCAAGAAGGGAGAGAGCGUUGGUCUGCGGUUAGCUGGAGGGAACGACGUGGGAAUAUUUGUGGCUGGGGUUUUGGAGGAUAGUCCAGCAGCCAAGGAGGGGCUGGAAGAGGGAGACCAGAUUCUCAGGGUGAACAACGUGGACUUUGCCAACAUCAUCCGGGAAGAGGCUGUGCUGUUUCUGCUGGAUCUCCCAAGAGGAGAAGAAGUUACUAUUCUGGCCCAGAAGAAAAAGGAUGUGUAUCGGAGGAUAGUGGAAUCAGACGUGGGUGAUUCGUUCUAUAUUCGAACACACUUUGAAUAUGAAAAAGAAUCCCCAUAUGGGCUGAGCUUUAACAAGGGAGAAGUUUUCCGCGUUGUAGAUACUCUCUACAAUGGGAAAUUAGGUUCUUGGCUCGCUAUCCGGAUUGGCAAGAGCCAUCAGGAAGUGGAAAGAGGCAUCAUCCCCAACAAGAACAGAGCGGAGCAGCUGUCCAGUGUGCAGUACACGCUCCCUAAAACACCGGGAGGUGACAGAGCAGACUUCUGGAGAUUCAGAGGGUUACGAAGUUCCAAGAGGAAUUUGCGGAAAAGCAGGGAGGACCUGUCUGCCCAGCCAGUUCAGACCAAGUUCCCUGCUUAUGAAAGGGUUGUGCUGCGAGAGGCUGGGUUCCUGAGGCCUGUGGUCAUUUUUGGGCCAAUAGCAGAUGUGGCGAGAGAGAAGUUGGCCAGAGAAGAGCCGGAUAUUUUUGAACUAGCAAAAACACAGCAGCAACAAGGAGGGGAAAAGAGCGAACCGAGAGAUGCAGGAACCGACCAGAAAAGCUCUGGCAUCAUUCGUCUGCACACCAUCAAGCAGAUUAUUGACCGAGACAAGCAUGCUGUGCUGGACAUCACCCCUAAUGCAGUGGACCGUCUGAACUACGCACAGUGGUAUCCGAUCGUUGUGUUUCUCAACCCAGACACCAAGCAGGGCGUUAAGACCAUGAGGACCCGGCUCUGCCCCGAGUCCCGGAAGAGCGCGAGGAAGCUUUAUGAGCGAGCCCUCAAACUGAGGAAGAACAAUCAACACCUCUUCACCACAACUAUUAACUUGAACAACAUGAAUGACGGUUGGUUCGGAGCGUUGAAAGAAACAAUCCAGCAGCAGCAGAAUCAGCUGGUUUGGGUUUCAGAAGGAAAGGCUGACGGGGCAGCUGAAGAUGACCUGGAUAUCCAUGAUGACCGCCUCUCCUACCUAUCCGCGCCGGGUAGUGAGUAUUCCAUGUACAGCACCGACAGCCGCCACACCUCCGACUACGAGGACACGGACACGGAGGGCGGCGCCUACACCGACCAGGAGCUGGAUGAAACGCUCAACGAUGACGUGGGUCCACCUGCGGAGCCCGCCAUCACCCGCUCCUCUGAGCCUGUCCGCGAGGAUCCGCCCGUCAUCCAGGAGCCUCCCGGCUACGCUCCCUACCAACACACGAUGCAACCGGACCCUCUGAACCGCAUCGACCCAGCUGGGUUCAAGGCACCAGCGCAACAGCAGAAAGCAGAGGCUGCUGCCACCCCUAGCAUCUCCCAUCAACCCGAGCCCCUGUCUGAGGCAGCGCCCCCUGCUGUCGACGUUACUGUAAAAACUGUAGGGGCUCUGAGCCCUGAUGAAGUUCCUGCAGCUCCUUACAGCAAGCCAAGCCCCAGCCCUGACACUAGCUCACUUAAGAGGCCCACUCCUGAGCUAACCCCUCAAAGUGUGACGCCAGAAAGUCUACAGUCUGGACCGGGCGAUUCAGAAAUAAAGAUGUUUCAGAAGGAUCCCUACAGCGCCGAGAACACGGGGAGAAUAGGUAACAGCAUGAAGCCUGCCACCUACAGCCCUCAGCAGGCACACCACCCUAACCAGCAGCCGUACAGAGAUUACGACCACCCGCCCAGUCGAUAUGACGUCAGCAGUGGAGGGAGUUACCCAGAACCAAAGUACCGGAACUAUGACCACAACCCCCCCUUCGAGAACAGCGUGCCUCACUACGACCAGCAGCAGUGGAACCCCUACGGCCAGCCACACUCUACUGCCAAUUCCCAGGCCUACGAUCUCCGUUUGCCUUACGGCGAAGGCCCUGACCCCCAUUACAACCCUCCUUUACACUUUGACGAGCCCCCACCUCAGCAGGGAUUCGAUGGUCGACCUCGCUAUGGGAAACCAACAGGUCAAGCACCUAUUCGUUUUGAUGACCCUCCACCCCCUUUCCCAGGCUCUGAUCCGCACUACAACCAGGAUUCCCACCUGAGCACAUUCCCCUCAGCCUCCCGUUCCCCAGAACCCGCUGCCCAGCGUCCCGCCUACAACCAAGGACCAGCAACGCAACAGAAAGGCUACAAACCUCAACAGUAUGACCCUGCUCCUGUGAACUCUGAGACUACCCCCACUCCUCCUCCUAAAGCAGAAACGCCCUCACCUUCCCCUGGGGACGCUCCAAAACCAGCACCCGGCAGAGAGGAGCAGCCAGAUGACCCCGCCAUGCGGCCCCAGUCAGUCCUGACGAGGGUCAAGAUGUUUGAGAACAAGCGCUCUGUGUCCAUGGACCGAGCCAGAGAUGCAGGGGAUUCAUCCGGGAACAAGGCAGCUGAAUUACCUCUGAAAGCAGGUGGGGUAAUCCCUAAAGCAAACUCUCUGAGCAACCUGGAUCAAGAGAAGACUUUUAGAGCCCCAGAGCCUCAGAGGCCGGAGUCCCAGGUAGCUGACGACAUUGUGCGUUCCAACCAUUAUGAUCCUGACGAGGAUGAAGACUACUACAGAAAACAGCUGUCUUACUUUGACAGACUUCAAACUGGCCCCAGCAAACCACAGCCACAAGCACAAACAACCCAUAGCUUUCCCAGGGCUGAGUCAGUCGAGAAACCAAGUCCAGUUGAGAAGAAAUAUGAACCGAUUCCCCAGGUGACACCAACUCUGCCCCCAGCCACACUGCCUAAACCCUCAGCUGAAGCCAAGCCUCCUGCCCGAGAAGACACUGUCCAAACCAACUUUCUGCCUCACAAGAGCUUUCCCGAGAAGUCUCCAGUCAACGGCACAAGCGAACAACCUCCAAAGACGGUCCCCACCACCGGGGCUCCAUCAAGCUACAACCGCUUUGUUCCCAAGCCCUACACCACCUCUGCCAAGCCUUUUGCACGCAUGUUUGACAGCCCUAAAUUCAGCCACAACCUUCUGUCUAACGACAAGUCCGAAGCUCCUCCAAAGGGCCGGAGCUCUAGUCCAGUGAAGCCUCAGAUACCACCACAGCCCCAGAACACAGACCAUGACAGCGGCCUGGACACUUUCACACGUACCAUGGACCAUCGCUCCAAAUACCAGCAGAAUAAUAUUAACGCUGUGCCCAAAGCCAUCCCUGUGAGCCCCAGUGCCCUGGAUGAUGAUGAGGAAGAUGAAGGUCACACGGUGGUUGCAACAGCUCGUGGCAUCUUCAACUCUAACGGUGGUGUCCUGAGCUCCAUCGAGACAGGUGUCAGCAUAAUCAUCCCACAGGGAGCCAUCCCUGACGGUGUGGAGCAGGAGAUCUACUUCAAGGUCUGUCGAGACAACAGCAUCCUGCCACCACUUGAUAAAGAGAAAGGAGAGACUUUGCUCAGCCCUCUGGUGAUGUGUGGACCUCAUGGCCUCAAGUUUUUGAAGCCUGUGGAGCUGCGCUUACCUCACUGUGCGUCAAUGACCCCUGAUGGUUGGUCUUUUGCUCUAAAAUCCUCCGACUCCUCGUCGGGUGACCCAAAAAGCUGGCAGAACAAGUCUAUCCCCGGAGACCCCAACUACUUGGUGGGAGCCAACUGUGUGUCUGUGCUCAUUGACCACUUUUAAGGAGGGACGAGUGGGUGUGAUGUAACUGAAUGUGGAACCACGGAGGAUACAAGUGAAGAAGAUGGGACUCUCAUAACAACACUAUACUGUACAUACACUAUAGCUGCACUCCAAGCAUACUGCACAAACGCACCCCACGAGGGAGUAUGAAGGAGAGGCGUUCAGCGCUGUUUACUGCAACCACAGAUGAAGGCGAGACACUAAUGAUGGUUACAAGCUGUUCUUUAAAUUUUUCUGCUAUAUGAAGUUUUAACGUAAAAUCAAACAUUUGAUGCAUGCCCCAUGUCACUAUAUAUAUAUAUAUAUAUAUAUAUAUAUAUAUAUAUAUAUAUAUAUAUAUAUAUAUAUAUAAUUAUAUAAAGUCUUUGUCAUUUUUACAUGAAUAUAUGUGGAUGGAUGGCUUUUGAGGCAGCAUACAUGUUUCAGAAAAGUAUAUUUAUGCCAUAUAUAUAUAUAUAUAUAUAUAUAUAUAUAUAUAUAUAUAUAUAUAUAUAUAUAUAUAUAUAUAUAUAUAUAUAUAUAAUGUGGAAGAGAUUUAAUAAAAUGUCAUUAAUGAAUUCAAUUACAUUGACUGCAUAUGACUUACAGCCACAGUUUCCCAUGUUCAGGAUUUUUUACUGAAGGAUUGAGAAGGGCGGUGAUAUUUGCAGGUAUCUGUUGAAGGAGCUAGCAGAACACGAGCUGGUCAUGAACCCAGGCAGCACACUUUCGAGACGUUCUUCCUUCAUUCUUUACUUUUUUUUUUUCUUCUUUAUCCUAUAACUGGUAGCUUUUUUUUUUUUCUUACUGAACACCUCGUCUCUCUUCCAGUCUGAGAUCUAUGCAUGAUGUUUACUCAGGUCCAGUAGCUUCCUCAGUUCCCUCCUCACAUCUCUUUCUUUCUGUGCACUCUUGCACUCACAUACAAAUAAGCAGUGAUGCCUUAUCUGCAGAUUAUUCACCUUUCAAAAUAAGUUAUGAUAAAUCAUUUGUUUUGCCAUUUUUGUGAACCCACUGUAUAAAUGAACUUGGGUUUAGCACAGUAACGGUUGAUAAAAGAUAACGAAGGUAAGCUCUUUUAUCUGCUAUGCAUUACUUAAAGAAAACAGAUAAGAAGUGGCUGUAAAUAAAGUUAGCAUAUUGCCUUGUUUCUUUUGUUUGUAAAUGAACUUUUUGUAUGUCUCUUUUUUUGUAUAAAACUUAGAGAAAACAUGUUUUAAAAAAGUGGAGGGAAAAAAAGAACGUGGUUUUCUUUGAAUUAUGGAUACAUACCCUCAAGCCUUGGAACUGUAACCUAACAAUAAUACAUCACCUUUUUCUAUCACGGUAUGACACUGUUGCAGUCACAAACGUACUUCAGAUAAAAUGCAUUAAAACAUGUUCUUUUAAAAAAAAGGGUGUGCUCAAACUGUCCCCUCACUGAUUUGUGAUACUGGAUGCUAUAUUGUGUGCCCUUAAAUGUAUUUUUGUACUAAUAGACAAUAUAUUAUGUAUGGCACACCAGUACUGUUUUAUUUUUUUAGACAUAACACAGCUUUAAUUGAAUAUUAGGUCUUCACGUGUGGCUGAUUUUUUUUUUUUGUUUUUCUCUCUUUUCUCCAACACAGUAUAUCGCUACAUUAAUAAAUAAAAUAAUUUUUAAAAUAA